CUGCUCUUGGAUUUGGGGGGCAGUGCUAAAUUCAAAUCUGCUCUGUCUUAACACACGCCUCAUUUCAGCUCCGCCAGUCUGCUCUGAGCUUCUACAGGCAGGAUGAACGCGAAACACACGCAGGAAACAGAAGUAGCUGUGUUAAGUUUGAGGAAAUAUGAUGUUGCUCAGUAGAAAUGAUGGAUGCAAUAGACUCCAUUGAUCCAUACAGCCGACCAGCGCGCAGGACACAAUGGAUAGUCAGCACUCUGGCUUACCAUUACGGGCUGGACCAGGGAGUGGAGAACGAAAUUAUAGUUCUGGCGACCGGAUUGGAUCAAUACCUCCAGGAGAUUUUCCAUCAUAUGGACUAUCAAGGUGGAGGCAAAAUCCCUGCGGAGGACUUUAACAUCUUGUGUGAAGUGUUGGGACUGAGCAAAGACUCGGAGGACGCAGAAUGUGCCGGUGUUUCAGACAAUUUACCCAUCGAGCUCACCUUCAGACACUUCCACGCCAAACUGUGCGAAUACUUCAGCACCAAGGCGGGGUGUCAGUAUGAGAACGGCCGGCUGCUGGUCGGGAAGGACAGCGAGCAUAUAGAGACUCAGAUCCGCCUGAGAAGCCCUCUGAGGCGGCGAGAGAAGCUGCUGUCUGUGGGCUCCUGUCCCUCCCCGGAGGGACGGCACGCCUCCGGCUGCAGGCUCGGAUCCUGCACCAAAGAGUGCUAUGAGGAGAUAGUGGCGCUGGAGGAAGCAGAGGACCGAAUAGCGAAACUGGAAGACGAGAAUGCAAGUUUGAGGGAGCUGAUUGAGGACAUGCGAGCCGCCCUUCAGAGCAGCGAUGCCCGCUGUUUGGCUCUGCAGGUAGGACUAUGGAAAAGCCACUCCAAACAUAAACCAGAGGAAGGCUGUUUUGUUGCCCAGCACAAACAAGCUGCCCAGAAAACUAUGAGCAACACCAACCUGAAAAGCAGCCCCUAUAGCAACCUGAAGAGCCUGCAGAACAUUAUCCACGAGAUAGAGCUGCUGCGGAGCUCCAGAGACCGACAGGUGGAGGAGGCCAUGCUGUGUAAUCAGAGACUGGAGCAGGAACUGUGGAGCUCUAAAGAGACUGUGGCCACUCUGGAGGACUGCAACCAAGCCCUGAAGAGGGAGCAGGUGGGCAUGAGGAGGAAGGUGGAGGAGGCCAGGCAGGCGCUGCUCAGCGGCCUGGGUAAGGUGAAGGAACUGGAAGCCAAGGCCAGUCAUGUGCCGGCGCUGCAGAGACACAUCCUCCAGCUGGAAUCAGAGCUCCUCUACUACAGUCCGACCACGAUCCAAGAUGUCUGUCUGGACUACUUUCACGUGUCUGUGUUCAUCCAGUUGGAAUUCCCAUGCUCAGCACCAUCACCAGACACUUCAGGGUCGGAGAUGCCAAAACUACAACUCCCAAGCAGCACCAGGGCAGAGCAGCAGCUGAGUGUUGGCAGCAGGCAGGGCCGGAGAUGUUGCUCGAACUCCCAGCAUGACCGCUGUUCUCCGACAGGGCGUGCUGUCACCACCCCAGAUAAGAUGGAAGAGCAGCUGUUUCGUUCGGUGGAGGGGCAGGCCGCCUCUGAUGAGGAAGAGGACAAGUGGACCGGUGACCAGCAGAGGCAGGUGGACGAGGUGAAGAGGAUCUUGGCCAGGCUGUCCUGCUGUGGAGAAAGGUGCGACGACAAGGCAUUCAAGAAGCUGAUGUCUAAUUUCGGGAGCUCGAGGAGCGAGGAGAGCUGCAGCGCUGUGGUGGAGCUCCUGGAGAGGGUGACCACGUUGCAUAAACAGCUGGAGCUGAAGGAGAGCCAGGCAGAGAUGGACAUGGACCAGCUGAAGGACUCUCUGUUGCAGGAGCUGCAGCAGAAGGCGGAGGAGACUGAGCUGCUUCAGAUGGAGCUGCAGAUGCUGGAGACGGAGAGGGUUCGUCUGUCACUGGUGGAGGAGAAACUUGUGGACAUCCUGCAGCUCCUCCAGCAGCUCAGAGACCUGAACGUCUCGCGGAGGUCUCUCGGGAAAAUCUUGCUCAGCACUUUGGAGUCUUGCAGCGACCCGCAACACGGGAAAGCCCACAUUCUGGAGGUGCUCAACGCUCUCUAUCAUGAACUGGCUGCCUGUGGGAUUCUGUCUGCUGGUGGACCUUUGGAGCGAACACAGAGUCAGCAGUCUCUGAACGCCCUCAUCAUCUCCUGCUAAUCAAGACUGCCUCCUGCUGAGCCAGUGGUGCUCCAACAGCCUUCCUAGAAGACACUGAAAGCCUAACAGUGGUCAAAAAACAAGCUGAUUGAUGUGUAUACUGUACUAUAUUGUAGCUUAUAUACUCCUCAGACCCUAUUAUCUAUAAAGGCAUAUUAGUCUAGAAUUACAUAUAAAGGAAAUUCUUGCUUAUACAUGGAUUUCUUUUCCACAACAGAGUUCUGAAUGUGAAAAUGUUGAAAUAAGCUAAACCUUAAAGGGGCAUAAGUAGUCUGUGAAAUGUGUCGACCUCCUCUGGUCAACAGAUCAACAGCAUCCCUGAUAGAGUCGAUAGAAUUUAAAGGAAACUGCGUCUCAAUUCACGUGCUUCACUCAUCUAAGUCUGCAUUUCACGAUCAAAUGUUAGAACAAGUGAACAAGGCUGUGUCGUCGUUUACAGAGAAGCGCAGCCUGCGUCUGGCCUAAUUCGGAGAACACUGCUGGUGCGACCCUCAGUGUAGUUUAAUGGUGCAUUCGGGGGGUUCAUUCAUUAACAUCAGUAAUGUUGGGAAAUAUCAUUGAACACAGUUUUGUAUCUAUAUUUGCAUUCAGGUGCUCACCUGUCAGCGGUAUUUGCAUCACCUGAAUUGGACCAACGAAAAACAAAAUGUAAAUACAGACAGUCAGGCUUAAACUUAAACUUGUUUCUUUUUUCGACAAAACCAUACCCACCGGUAGCUCCCCGUGUACAAGGCUGCAGGUUCGAAUCCGCCCGCGGCCCUUUGCCGCAUGACAUCCCCUCUCUCUCCCACAUUCUCUCUUCAGCUGUUCCUGUUAAAUAAAGGCAACGAGCCCGAAAAAGACAGAAUCAGCUGUCACACUUUUGUUGGCGAACCUGUUGUUAACUACAGGCCGUUGAUAAAUGCAGGUUUUGUGGGUACAGUACAGUAUAUGUUUGUCCAUGAUAUGUUGAGGUUGAAUGUUCUCGUACUGUAAACUCUAGUGUCAUGGGACUUGUGCCAGGUUAACUCUGAUAUUUACUAGUUUGUCUGCCUUCAAAAGGCAACUAACUGGUGCUUCACAGGUGACAAGGAUUGCCUGAAUACAUUAGUUUUGGUCUCUGUGAGCCUUGACCGUCUCAUCUGGUAAGAUGUGCAGGCUUAGCCUAGCAUUCAGAACCUCUGAAGGAACACCUUCGUGGGCCACGUUAAUUUCCUAAAAUGAGCUUUAAAAAAAGCUUGGGCAUUUGUUUGUAUGAGAGGCCAGCUGUGUGUGUGUCUGUCUCAUGAAGGAGGCAGACAUUUUGGUAACUUGUCCAGGAUAGCCCAGCCUCUGGCAAGUGCAACAAUUCUAUUACAUCAUCAAUAGCAGUGUCUAAGUGAACCUACGGUUACUUCCUCACACCUGUUUCUCAAUACAAUACAGCAGAUUUACCUUCAAUUAAAAGCUCAUGCUGAUACAUGAAACGUCUUCAGUUGCAUUGUCAUUGCUGUCUUGAAAUGAGGGCCUUGGAUGCAAAACCACUCACUGGUGUUAUUUAGCCAUGCCAUUAAAGCCUUUGACUGCU